AUGGGUCUCUCUCGUGACUCGCGCCACAAGCGCUCCCACACUGGUGCUCGCAGAGCCCACUACAGAAAGAAGCGCCAAUUCGAGCUUGCGCGUCAAGCCGCCAACACCCGUAUUGGCCCCAAGCGCAUUCACGCUGUCCGCGCUCGCGGUGGUAACAUCAAGCAGCGUGCUCUCCGUCUCGAGAGCGGCAACUUUGCAUGGGGCUCUGAACACAUUACGGCCAAGAGCCGCAUUCUGGGUGUCGUCUUCAACGCCUCCAACAACGAGUUGGUGCGCACCAACACUCUGGUAAAGAACGCCAUCAUCCAGAUUGAUGCCACUCCUUUCCGUCAAGCGUACGAGAAGCACUACGGCAAGCCCGUGACCACCAAGCGUCGCGCUGCUGGUCAAGGUGCCGCCGAGGCCAACGAAGACGAGAGCAAGAAGAGCAAGCACGUGCUCCGCAAGCUCGGCAUCCGCGAGAAGACCAGCAAGCUGGACCCUCUCGUCGAGCAGCAAUUCGGUGCGGGUCGUCUUUACGCCGCCAUCUCCUCUCGUCCUGGUCAAUCCGGCCGUGCAGACGGCUACAUCUUGGAGGGCAAGGAGCUCGAGCACUACGUUCGUCGUCUCCGUUCUCGUGGUGCUGCCAAGCAGGCAUAA